AUGUCUGCCACCGAGCCCCGCCACCGCCCGCACCCUGCGCCGACGUACUCGUCGUCCUCCUCCCGCGCCCACCCCUACGCCGGCCACAGCAACGGUCACCACCACCACCACCACCGUCGCCGCUCUCCUCCCCCUUCGAUCCUCACUGAGGAGUUCCCGCCCUCGCCGCCGCGCUCGCGCCACGACCAGUCCCAGUCCCCGACGGCGAUGAAGCCUCAGGACGACGGCUUUGAGAACCUGCCCCCUCCCCCCGCUUCGCUCAAGAGCAUUCUCGACUCGUUCCGCCGCUCUGGCGAGGGCGACCGCGAUCUUCUCAUGUCGAUCCUCGGCGCCAAGAAGGCCGAGGAGGAGCGCAUGACGGCCAUCAUCCAGACGCGGCUCACGAUCCUCCAGGCGCGCCUCAACCUGGCCACGAUCCAGGCCCAGAUGCAGGCCAUGCCUCCUCCCGACGCCAUGCGUGCCGAGCGCACCCCGAGUCUGACGCACUCUGCGUCAUCGCACGAGUCGAGCCCCGCAUACUACGACCACGUCCACCUCCCCCGCCCCAUGGGCUACGGCCGCGAGCGCGACGAGCGCCUCCCGCCGAUGGAUGAGCGCGACAUGAUGGAGUACGCCAAGGAGCGUGAGCUGCGCGAGAUCCGCGAGAUGCGCGAGGCGCGCGAGCGCGAGCUGCAGCAGUUCCCCGACAAGAUGAUGCGCGCGCGUUCGGACAGCUCGAGCAGGCCGCAGCAGGGGCUGGAGAUGCUGCUCGAGGGUGUGCGUGAGGCGGAGCGCAAGGACUCGCUCUAG